AAAGAAUAAGAAGAAUAAUCUUAUUGUGGUCGAACGAAAUGGAAAUGUUUAUUUCAAAUUCAUUCCGUUUGCAAAUCGGUUACAGAUUGAAUCAGUACAGGUAGACAUUUAAUUUAAAGGUACGAGAAGGUGGAAUGUUGAAAUUGAGGAAACCUCAGUGUGUUUGGGCGCAGUGGGAUGGAACAAUGGAGGCUCCAUUACCAAAGAUACUGCGCAGCGAUCUGGCGACUACACUAUUACUGACGAGCGUCGAAAAGUCUUGGACUGCUACCUCAAAACAUGCUUGCGAAGCCAAAAGGCAGAAGACGCAUGGGGACGCCGAGGAUAAGAUGGUUGCCGGAAUGAAGAAGCUAACAAAGCCUAACGACACCAACGAUUGGGGAUAUUCCCUUGGUGAACCCGUGUUGUCUAGGCAACCAUUGGUCAAUCAAAUACUUGAAUACACAACUUUUGAAAAUGGUGAGAGAAGAUGACAGAACCAUGCUUGUAUGAUUGAAGAGUCCGGAGUUGGCGACCUCAGCCAGCACGAGCCUUGCCAUGGUCCACUAAAUCGUAGAAGACUAUGGUAUCAACACUACAGAUGGCCAUGGCCCUGCCCAACUGCGUGACUGGAAGUGAGUACUUAUAGGCUACUGAUUCAAUUCAAUUAAAAGAGAGACUGCAUGUUAGGCUAAGCCACCUCCGAUAAUAUCAAUCAAUCAAUUCAUUUAUUUCACAAACGAACAUAAUACAAAAUAAGGGGGAAAAAUAUAAAAAUGUGAAAUAAAAGUGGAAAACCCUAGGCAUAAGCCCGAUUGAGGUGUAAUACUCCUAAUAAAACAAAUAGAAAUACUCAGAGGAUAGCAAAUAAGAUAUGAGAUAUACUCAUAUCUCAGAUAAUAACAUUUGUUUUUGUGGCAAAAUUCCAUUCAUCCCAUGAAAAAUUGAAAAUUAGGUAAAGAAAAAUAAAAUGAAAUUUCACUUGAAAUGAAAGGAUUUUAUUGUAAAUAUCAAGAAUGAAAUAUACCGGGUGUUCUGAAAAAAGGUGCCCAUGAGUCAGGGCGCCCAUUCCUCACAUCAAAAGAAGAAUUAACAUAGGUCCGAAAAUGCUUAGUUACCAAGUUAAACAGGGUGAAAGAUUUCGUCUGAAUCUCAGUUCCCCUGCUGAAACGAAGCCCUACGGGUAUUUGUUGGCUGUUGAUUAAGAUGUAUAAUUUAGCGUACUUCAUGUAAAAUGAACUGGAAAAUUGAAUAAAAUCGUUUCCAGACCUGUA